AUAUUUGCUUCAGUGUCCUAGCGCACAAAAAAACAUGUUCCCACGGGAUUUUGCGUGGGGAGCGGGAACUGCUGCUUAUCAAAUAGAAGGUGGCUGGCAGGCAGACGGCAAGGGACCGAGUAUCUGGGACGCAUUUUGUCACGAGAACGGCGGGGUGUUUGGGGAGCAGAAUGGAGAUGUGGCCUGUAACAGCUAUGAGCUGUGGGAGAAGGACCUGGAGUGCAUCCAGCAGCUUGGACUGACGCACUAUCGCCUGUCGCUCUCCUGGGCCCGCCUCCUGCCUGAUGGGACCACGCGGCAUGUCAAUCAGAAAGGUGUACAGUACUACAACAAAGUGAUAGAUGGCUUGCUCGCCUGCGACGUAUCCCCCAUGGUCACCCUUUACCACUUUGACCUGCCUCAAGCUCUCCAAGAUCAGGGCGGCUGGAGGUCGCCCGGUGUAGCAGCCCUCUUUGACAGCUACGCCAGGUUUUGUUUCCAGACUUUCGGAGACCGAGUCAAACUUUGGAUCACCAUCAACGAGCCGUAUGUAUGCGCCAAACUGGGUCACGAAGACGGCCUCCACGCCCCGGGGUUAAAAGAAAAGGGCACCGCCGCCUACCUAGUAGGGCAUAACAUGCUUCGUGCCCACGCCAUGGCCUGGCACAGCUACAACUCUGUGUACAGGCCCAAGCAGAAGGGCGCGGUGUCUUUAGCCAUCAACAGCGACUGGUUCGAGCCGUUAGACCAACUCUGCGAUGAGGAUAUCGCUGCUGCUGAGCGUGACCUUGCAUUUACUCUGGGGUGGUUCGCCUGGCCUGUGUUCGUUACCGGAGACUAUCCAGAAAUAAUGAGAACUGCCGUUGACGCUCAAAGCGAGAAGCUGAAAUAUAAGGGUGCCUCGAGGCUGCCCAGCUUCUCGAGCGAUGACCCUACCAUUCUAGGAACGGCUGAUUUCUUCGCUUUGAACUACUACACGUCCCGUAAAGUCAAAGCAGGAGCAGGUUGUGGAGAGACGUUGUGUAUGAAGAGCGAUCGAGAUGCAGAGGAGGUGUUGGAUUCGUCUUGGCCGAUUUGUGGAGUGUCCUGGUUGGCUGUAGUGCCCUGUGGCUUGAGGAAGCUGCUAAAGUACAUAAAGGACACUUUCAACAACCCAGAAGUCUACAUCACGGAGAGCGGCUUCUCUCAGGUGGGGCAGCUGCAAAUUGAAGACGUCCGACGGUGCGAGUUUUACAAGGACACCAUCUUGGAGGUGGCGAAAGCUCGGCGAGAAGACGGGGUCAACGUCCGCGGAUACUUCGCGUGGUCGCUGAUGGACAACUUCGAAUGGGCCGACGGAUUCAGCGUUCGGUUCGGAUUGUUCCACGUGGACUUCUCUGACGCAAAGCUGAGUCGAACCAUGUACCGGUCUGGACGGGAAUACGCAAAGAUCAUCGCGAAAUACAAACGUGGGCAGUAGUCAGCUCAGGUGUCACUAUGUAGAUUCCUUACUGGUGUACAAUUACUCAUGAAAAAGAGAGAAGAAACUAUGUUAAUAAACCAGCAGUUAAAA